AUGGCAAACAACGCGGAAGCACAACCCGAUUUGGAAAAGCAAGAAGACGUGAAAGCAGAUAGAACUCGUCGUCUAUUAAAAUGGGCUAUUGUUCUAUCCGUGAUUGCCUUGCUGGCUAUUGUGGGUGUGGCUAUACCGAUGGCACUCAAGGUAUUGCCAGAGAACUCUACAGAGACCUCCUCUUCUGCGGCAUCAGCAGCGAACAAGGAAGAAACGGACGGCUUUGAAAACCAAGUUCCGGCGGAACCAUCAAUUCCACCCGCUCGGCCCACCCCAGCGGAACCUGAUGCUCCAACUGCGUCUCCCACCGUGUCCACACGAGCGCCAACUGGCAAACCCACUAGAAGUGCAGAGCCUACUGACGAUAAUCCGUCCAGUAUGCCCACUUUGUCGCCAACCACUCUAUCACCAACUCAAAACCCAACUCCUUUGGCUUCUAUGGUUCCCACCUUGUCCAUUUCUCCCACUGUUGCUCCCAUUGAUCCCAAUCAUUCCUUCAAGCUGCGACUCUUCUGGCAACGAGGGUUUUACUGGCAAGAGUCUUUCCAAGAAGUUUGGCACUGUGUGGAAUGUACCAAAUGCAACGAAUACGGAGCGGGUGACGGUGUAGAGCACGGCUGCGUAGAAUAUCCAACUGGAGAUUCGUCAUAUUGUCAAGAGGGUGACAUGUUUUGGAUUAUGGGUUGUCGACCGGGCCAGGGUGCCCGAUUUAAUGUCUUGGAAAAUCCAGGAUCUGGCCAUCAAGUUCGAUUGGCUGGCACCAACAUUUGUAUGGGACGCGGGGCUCCCGACGCGGACACUGGAGAGUGGAAGCGCAGAUUGAUGCAAGCCGUCAAGUGCGACAAUAAGGACGCCAAUCAAUUGUGGGCUCCGUUUGAAAAACUUUCCAAAUUUGAGCUUCGGCCAUUCGAACAUGCGGGCCGAACAGAAGACGAUGCGGAAUGUGUUUCCCAGCUGCAUCACCCUAAAAACGGAGAAGUCAUUUCUAUGCAUGGAUGCAAGCUUUCCAGAAUCUACGAAACUCGCUACUGGGAAGAAUAUGACUAA